AACUCCCGGCACUUGCGGGAGCGCGGGGAGCGGAGACGGGCUGCGCGCCCUCGGGCCGGACGCGCCCCGGCGCCCAUGGCGCUGAGCAAGGGGCUGCGGCUGCUCGGGCGGCUGGACCCCGCGGGGGAGAGCAGCGUCCUGCUGGAGGCGCGAGGCCGCGGGGACUGCCUGCUCUUCGAGGCCGGCACCGUGGCCACGCUCGCUCCGGAAGAGAAGGAGGUCAUUAAAGGCCAGUAUGGAAAGAUCACCGACGCUUACGGCUGCCUGGGGGAGCUCAGGUUAAAAUCUGGUGGUGUUUCCCUGAGCUUCCUGGUUUUGGUGACAGGCUGCACGUCCGUGGGCAGAAUUCCAGAGGCUGAAAUCUACAAAAUCACUGCCACCGACUUUUACCCUCUCCAGGAGGAGGCCAAGGAGGAGGACCGUCUCACAGCCUUGAGGAAAAUCCUCAACUCGGGGUUCUUCUACUUCUCCUGGCCCAAUGAUGGGUCUAGCUUUGACCUCACCGUCCGGGCACAGAAGCAGGACCAUGACAGCUACGAGUGGGGGAGCUCCUUCUUUUGGAACCAGCUGCUGCACGUGCCCCUGAGGCAGCACCAGGUGAGCUGCUGUGACUGGCUGCUGAAGGUCAUCUGCGGGGUGGUGUCCAUCCGUACCGUCUACGCCUCACACAAGCAGGCCAAGGCCUGUCUCAUUUCCCGCAUCAGCUGCGAGCGCGCCGGCGCUCGCUUCCACACCCGCGGCGUGAACGACGACGGCCACGUGUCCAACUUCGUGGAGACAGAGCAGACGAUUUACAUGGAUGAUGGAGUGUCGUCUUUUGUCCAGAUCAGGGGCUCCGUUCCGCUGUUUUGGGAGCAGCCAGGGCUUCAGGUUGGCUCUCAUCAUCUGAGACUCAAUAGAGGCCUAGAAGCCAAUGCCCCUGCUUUUGACAGGCAUAUGGUGCUUCUGAAGGAGCAGUAUGGGAAGCAAGUGGUCGUGAACCUGCUGGGGAGCAGAGGCGGAGAGGAGGUGCUCAACAGAGCCUUCAAGAAGUUGCUCUGGGCUUCUUGCCACGCCGGCGACACGCCUAUGAUAAACUUUGACUUCCAUCAACUUGCCAAAGGCGGGAAGCUAGAGAAGUUGGAGAACCUGUUGAGGCCCCAGUUGAAGCUCCACUGGGAUGACUUUGGUGUGUUUACCAAGGGCGAGAAUGUAAGUCCACGUUUUCAGAAAGGCACGCUGCGGAUGAACUGUCUCGAUUGCCUGGACCGAACCAACACCGUGCAGAGCUUUAUUGCACUCGAGGUUCUCCACCUGCAGCUCGAGAGCCUGGGGCUGAACUCCAAGCCCAUUGCCGACCGCUUCGUGGAGUCCUUCAAAGCCAUGUGGUCUCUGAAUGGGCACAGCCUGAGCAAGAUGUUCACGGGCAGCCGGGCCCUGGAAGGGAAGGCUAAGGUGGGGAAGCUGAAGGACGGGGCCCGGUCUGUGUCUCGCACUAUCCAGUCCAACUUCUUUGACGGGGUGAAGCAGGAGGCCAUCAAGCUGCUGCUCGUGGGGGAUGUCUACACCGAGGAGUCUGCAGACAGAGGAAGGGUACUCCUGGACAACACGGCCCUGCUGGUGACCCCCAGGAUCCUGAGAGCCAUGGCAGAGCGCCAGUCGGAAUUCACACAUUUCAGACGGAUCCGAAUCGCCAUGGGGACCUGGAACGUGAACGGAGGAAAGCAGUUCAGGAGCAACCUCCUCGGGACGGCAGAGCUGGCCGACUGGCUGCUGGACUCCCCCAAGCUCUCGGGCCUGGCAGGGUCCCCGGAUGAUGACAGCCCAGCUGACAUAUUUGCCGUGGGGUUUGAAGAGAUGGUGGAACUGAGCGCAGGGAAUAUCGUCAAUGCCAGUACCACCAACAGGAAGAUGUGGGGUGAGCAGCUGCAGAAAGCCAUCUCACGCUCUCAUAGGUACAUUCUCUUGACUUCGGCACAGCUGGUGGGCGUCUGUCUGUAUAUCUUUGUACGUCCAUACCAUGUCCCAUUCAUCAGAGACGUGGCGAUUGACACGGUGAAGACGGGCAUGGGAGGAAAGGCGGGGAACAAGGGUGCCGUGGGCAUCCGCUUCCAGUUCCACAGCACCAGCCUCUGCUUCGUGUGCAGCCACCUGACGGCCGGGCAGGCCCAGGUGAAGGAGAGGAACGACGACUACAGGGAGAUCACCCAGAAGCUCAGUUUCCCGAUGGGAAGAAACAUCUUCUCUCACGAUUACGUGUUUUGGUGCGGCGAUUUCAACUACCGCAUCGAUCUCACUUACGAAGAAGUCUUCUAUUUUGUCAAACGCCAAGACUGGAAGAAACUUCUGGAAUUUGAUCAGCUCCAGCUGCAGAAAUCAAGUGGAAAAAUUUUUAAAGACUUUCAUGAAGGCACCAUUAAUUUUGGACCUACUUACAAGUAUGACGUUGGCUCAGCCGCCUACGACACAAGUGACAAAUGCCGCACCCCUGCCUGGACAGACAGGGUCCUGUGGUGGAGGAAGAGGCACCCUUUUGACAGAACAGCCGGAGAUCUCAACCUGCUAGACAACGACAUAGACGCGGACAGCACGGUCAGACAUUCCUGGUCUCCUGGAGCCCUCAAGUAUUACGGCCGAGCGGAACUGCAAGCAUCCGAUCACAGACCCGUGCUGGCGAUCGUGGAGGUGGAAGUGCAAGAAGUCGAUGUGGGUGCUCGGGAGAGGGUGUUCCAGGAAGUGUCCUCUUUCCAGGGCCCCCUGGAUGCUACCGUCAUCGUCAACCUUCAGUCACCAACCGUAGAAGAGAAAAACGAGUUUCCUGAGGAUGUGCGCACAGAACUCAUGCAGACAUUGGGCAAUUAUGGGACCAUUGUUCUUGUCCGGGUCAACCAAGGGCAGAUGCUGGUGACUUUUGCAGACAGUCACUCAGCUCUCAGCGUCCUGGACGUGGACGGUAUGAAGGUGAAGGGCAGAGCAGUGAAGAUCAGACCAAAGACCAAGGACUGGCUGAAGGGUUGGCAGGAGGAGAUCAUCCGAAAGCGGGAUAGCAUGGCCUCCAUGUCUCCAACCGCCAAUUCCUGUUUGCUGGAGGAGAACUUUGACUUCACAAGCUUGGACUAUGAGUCAGAGGGGGACAUUCUCGAAGAUGACGAAGACUACUUGGUGGAUGAGCUAAGUCAGCCUGUGGUCUCAGACGGUGAGACGGCAGGGGACUACCUCUCCGAAGCCCCCAGCUGCACAGCAGCGGUGCCUGCCGACACGUCACCUGCACUCACUAAAAAGACGCGGCACCCGACCUACAAAGAUGAUGCUGACCUGGCGGAGCUCACGCAGGAGCUGGAAGCAGUCGGGGAUUUCCGCCACCGUUCUCCAAGCAGGUCUCUGUCGGUUCCCACUAGGCCUCGGCCACCUCACCCACCGCAGAGACCCCCCCCUCCAACUGGUUUAAUGGUGAAAAAGUCGGCUUCGGACGUGUCCAUCUCCUCUGGCACCCACGGGCAGUACUCGAUUUUGCAGACGGCAAAACUUCUGCCAGGAGCGCCCCAGCACGCACCCAAAGCCAGGACGGGGAUAAGUAAACCCUACAAUGUCAAGCAGAUCAAAACUACCAAUGCCCAGGAGGCAGAAGCAGCCAUCCGAUGUCUCCUGGAAGCGAGAGGGGGCAUCCCAGGAGAAGCCGUAAAUGCCACAGCCCUGAGGAACCAAGGGACUUCCAAACCAGAGCCCCCAGUAGCGGUGGCCCCGCUCCUGCCCCGUCGGCCUGCACCCAGGGUUCCUGCCAUCAAGAAGCCAACCUUGAGGAGGACCGGAAAGCCUGAGUCACCGGAAGAACAGUGUGGGCAACAGUCUGUCCAUUUCACAAUCGGGCCCCCAGAGACCAGCCUCGAAACCCCUCCUCUAGCAGCCGUCCCUCCUGUUCCCAAACCGAGAACACUUCAGCCCAGGAAGGGGACUGACAGGAAGGCAAGUGGGGGGAAGCCGGUGCCCAACGACGCCCCUCCCGCGGCCGGAGCCACCCCGCCACCCCCUCUGGAGGUGCUGCCCCCCGCGCCGCAGGCGCCCCCGAGGAGGAAGAAGUCCGCCCCCGCAGCCUUCCACCUGCAGGUGCUGCAGAGCAACAGCCAGCUUCUCCAGAGCCUCACCUGUAGCAGCAGUGACUGUCCCCCCGCACCCCGGCCUGACCAGGGUGUGCUCUUUCCACAACCGGCUCAUCCUGGCCCCUUGUCUGCUGCUGGUGCCCAAGCGGAUGGUACCAAGGAGACACAGCCAGAGGCGGCCUCCCUUCUUGGUGAUUACCAGGAUCCUUUCUGGAACCUUCUCCAUGACACUCACCUGUUGAAGAAUGCCUGGCUUUCCAAGAACUCUGACCCACUGGACCCCGGGACUGGGAGCCUUGGAAGAGCACACACAGCCUCGCUGCAAAUCAGCGCCUCAGCGGCCGACAACCUGCCACCGGAGCACGGGCCGAACGACUUGGGUCACUGGAUGACAAUCAGUGACAAGGACAAGAGGACCGUGCUGCAGGUGUUUGACCCGCUGGCAGAAACAUGAGCAGGAGGCAUGGACCACAGCUCUUUCCGAGAACGUGUGCCUUCUUCCCUCUGGCAUCUCUUUCCAGGGCACAGCCCCCACCUUGGCCUCACCCUCCCGGGUCAAAAGAGACCUCUAUUUAAAGGCACAGUUGUCCUUCUGUCACUCUUGUGUCUCUUAUUCAAUAAGAUAAUUAUUCAGCCACCAAGAUACGUUUUAUUCCAGACGUGUGCAUUUUAGUUUCCUAGAAUCUGGUUAGAUUCAGCGUGUAGACUUGAGGAAAGAGAAUCUAGCUGAUAAUGUCCAAGAGUCUCUCUCUCAUUGGAUUUUAAAUGGUUUUUCAAUUUAUGUGUGUACGUGGGUUUUUUAAAUUUUUGUUUGUAUCUUACAGAUAUUGGGAAUAAUUUUACGGUGAACCGCCUGAAGGUUGAUCCAUAAAACUAAAAGGUGUCUGGGACCAUUAAGAGCUAUAUGCCUGGCCUGCUGAUACGAGGUUACAAAAAAUAGUAAUAGUCAUGGAAGCCCCCAAUAGAUCAACCAAAUGAGUAUACAUUCCCGUGAGCCCUUGUGUUUACUUAUAUACGUGUAAACUGACCCUGAUCACGUGAGAAAUGGUGUCCCACACGGUUUUGGGUCUGAAGUAUAUCCCAUUUGCUGAACCUGAGCUGAAGCCGGCUGCAGACUCCUUCCCGCAUCAUGUCUUGGAUAGUGCCUGCCCCAUAAAGCGCUACAGUCUUGAGCCCACGUGUACUAAACUGGUUUUUAUACACUGACUCUUCCCUAUGAGAGAAAACCUCACGGCCUCUUUCUCCUCUUACAUUCCAUACCAAGUAAAAGCACAAACCGUGAAAACCCAUACCGGCACAUGACAUUGGUCCUCAUUGUUGUAUUAUGAAGAAUAUUUAUUUUAGCCUGUGCCUCCCUAUAUAAGAAACCCCAGGGCAGCAUUUUUGGGUUUGCUUAUCUGUCUGUUUAUUAGGCUUAUUGUUUUUGUCUAUACAUUUUUCUAUACAUUUGCAACACCACUUCUUGCCCUAGUCCAUCAUUUAGAAAGGUAUCACCUAAAUAUUAGUUUACAUUUUAAGAAUAAGGUUAUAAGGUGUAGAAUCCAUUUGCAGAGGAUACUGUAUUUUUGGUAACAAGAAAUUCACUGGUGAAAUGUUACUGUGCCACAUACCAUAUUUAGGAGUUUUUAAGGCCCUGGAGUCCUACGGCAGUGAUUCUGUGUUAUCCCUAACGUGACCGGAGAAUUCCUGCACUAAAUGCUAAUGGUUAGGAUGGUGAUAAUCAUCCUGCCUGGGGGGUAACCACUCUGUUUUUACCUCUAGGGUUUCAGAAUUAUUUCUCAUUGCCACUAUCGGGAUACACUGCAGGUUAUUUAAAUUUGGCGCUCAAAACAAAAAGAAAACCACCACAUUCAUCGCAUUUCAUCUGAAAACCGAUUAGAGAAAAAGGUAUUAGUGACCCACAGAGAUAAACUGAGAGUAUAUGUGAUUGACCAGUGGUAAAAGAUGAUGUUUCCGGCCAUAGCUGACGAGGACGUUUUCUGUAGUAAGUACUUCAUAUCCCGUUACGUCUCGUAAACACAAGUAAACAACAUCAUUCUUGAAGAGUUAGGGGGAGAAGGAACACAAGAUCAGUAAGCGUCCCGGAGAAGUGAAAUGAUUUGCCGGGAUCCACUUUGCUACUGAGGGUACGAUUGGGAACGGAAUCAAAGAUUUCUUAAUUCAAAUGUUCUUUCCUCUGUCACCUCUUUUUCCCAUCAAAAAGGAGGUGAAUUUGAAAGCAGGUAUGUGUAUCACAGCAGUGACUUGCAGUGAUGGAAAUAGGCCUAAUUUUAAGGUUUCUUCUUCUAGAUGCAAGUAGCCAUAAGUGGGACAGAGAACAGAAUUUUAAUUAAGAAAGGUGCUCAUCACACAGGUGGCUCAUAAGAGUCUGACAUUAAGUAUUAACACAGAAUUAUGUUGACCUCAGGACGCAGGUCACAAGAAAAAUUAUCAGUAGUUUAACAUAAAGAAUUGAACAAACAUUAUGUGAUAAGAGGUGUUCAAAUUUGGUGAACAACGUAGACUGAAUUUUGAGGUGAUCGUAUAGGUAAGGUUCACACACCAAUGUUCUCUUUAAAAAAAGGACAAUUGGAAUUGCCUUAUUUAUUUUUUAAAUCAGUGCUUUGAUAGUUUGUAGGUUCCCUAGGUUCACAGCAGAGUUGGUUGAAUAAUCUGGACAAUGAGCAGCUGCCAUCCUGGGGAUUUCAUCCUGUGGGUUUUUUAUGUUUCGUCUUUCUCUGCUCCCAUACAGGCCGUGCAGUUUCUUUCAUUACUACUCUGUAAGACGGUCCAGUUCACUGCAGAGGAUUUGAAGCACAGAACUUUAUAAUUCAAUAUUGUCUCUGUGACCCCAACAUUAUAUUCCCUUUUCCAAUGUAAUUUUCUCCAACAUCUUGCCUAAUUUUAAAGUUUGUUCCAGUAAAUGACUGAAAUUAGGACAUCUGCCCAAGCAAUUCCUGUAAAAGUUUAAAGUUGUUGAAAUUCAAGAUACAAUAAAAUUUUCCUGAUACGUAGAAGUACAAACAAAGUAAUGCGUUAAAACAUUCACUUUGUAAUGAAGCAAUUUUCUCAGAAAGCUGCAAAAAUUAUUUACUGGGUGACUAGUGAUUAAUAAAAACCCUGUAAUGUUUAUUUGAAGUGAUAAUUUGUACUGCAAUUAUAAAAAUGCCUAUUAAAUAUUUUGUUUUGUUUUUUAA